CUGUAACCACUCUGGUAACGUUACCAUGCUUGUUAAUGUUUGAGACUGGCGUGAGCUUCGUUGAACUGUUUUGUUGACAUAUUUACAUAAAUCAAGAGUGUCAGUCCUCACGUGUCCGGAUUUAUUGAUAUUCUUCUCUUAUCCAGUCAAGAUAAUCUAUUCGUUUAAACUAUCUUGAGCUUUAUAUAUCAAUAAUUCACCAUGAAGAUAAAGCGUCAGAAGCACGCGAAGAAAACCAUCAGUUUUUACAAGUACAACUUUUGCUUUAGGGAACCUUUCCAAAUAUUAAUUGAUGGGACGUUUUGUCAAGCAGCGUUAAAGAAUAAAAUACAAAUCAAAGAGCAAUUGCCAAAGUAUCUCAUGGGAGAAGUUCAGCUCUGUACCACAAACUGCGCACUUAAGGAACUUGAAAGCCUUGCAAAAGACCUCUAUGGAGCAAAACUCAUCUUACAGAGAUUUCAGAUCAGGAAAUGCAAACACAUGAAAGAUCCAGUUCCUGCAUCAGAGUGUUUGUUGUCAAUGCUUGGGCAGACAAAUCCACACCACUACUUCAUUGCAACUCAGGAUCAAGAGUUGACGACGGCCCUGAAGAAGAUCCCUGGGGUUCCUCUGCUCUACAUUAUCCUCAACACCAUGGUGUUAGACAAGGCCUCUGAGCGUUCGCUGAAGCAUGUUGAAGCGGUUCAGCUGGGUGAGUUGGUGAGCCCGUCACAACAGUCAAGCAUCCAGACUCUGAAAGAGAAGGAGGGCCUCAGCAAAGACAGUAAUGACAGGAGAGGCAAAAAACGUAAGAGGAAAUCCAGCAAUCCCAACCCACUUAGCUGCCUGAAGAAAAAGAAGAAACCCAUGCCUCAGCAGCCCAAAAAGACAGACGGAGAGAAAAAGAAGCGGAGUAGACCUAGGAAGCGACGGCCUGCUGGGACAGAGGAAGCGGCAGUCACCUCCAAUCCCACAACUGCAUAGAGACAAGCCUCGCUUCUACAAGAGUAGCAUUUAUUUGUUUCUCAGCAUUUGUUAUUGUAAGGUUUGUCCUUUAUCCAGACCAGGCAUUUGUGCCAGCAAACGCCUUGUUUUGUCUAAUAAACAAGUGUUUCUUUUAUUAUCAA